GAUGGUGGGAAGCACAAAGGUUUGUGGCGCUGCACGAGAGCAUAUCAUUUUUGCUGAGGGGGAAAAAGGUAGGUAGGUGAGUCGGGUAGGUACCUGCCCGAGACAAUUCUUGUGGGAGGAAGGGAUACGUUGAGACAGCUGAGGUUUUGCUUAGCUAGGAUACGUUGUGGUAUCUAGAAUACAUCCCAUCCAUCCUGCAAUAGGUCCGCGUCUGACUGGCUCUAUGAUGGACCCGACUUAUUGACAUGAUACGUGCUCAGUGCUAUGUGGUAGUCGAAUAUCUAGUACACAUCCCACAAGCUCACCCUCCCAUCCUUGCUCCCUGCCGCGAGCCAGCGGGCGGUUCUGGCUUGGUGGAGGCGUUUUUGUUUGGGUGUUUGUUCGACCAACAUCUUGGGGACUUGCGUGGUAACCUCCUUGCUGUGACUCCCCUCAGGCUUCUUGUCGUCUGGUCUGGGGGUUUCUUCUUGAGGAGGAGAAGUAGCUGGAGAGGUGUUGGCAGCAGCAAAAGCAACGGCGUAACACCCCUGCUGGUGCCACUUUAGCACCGCGAGCUCCUUCAUCGUCUUGACGCUGUAGACCCUCACCAUCGAGUCCCAGCCUGCGGUGGCAAAGAUGAGAUUGUCGGAGCGGAUGCGGAGGGACUGUUGUCCGGCGUGGCGGGUGUUGAUCGUCAAGAUGGGGUCUUGGAUUAUCCCCGAGGAAGGAGGACAAGACGGGAUGGGGUGUUUGGCUAUGGUAGCGUCUGCUCCUGACGAGAGGAAGAAUGACUCAUCUGGGGAGACGUCAAGAGACAGGAUUGGCUGGGUGUGAGGGUUGGAUUGGUAGGUUACUACCCAUUUUGAUGUGUUAGGGUCGAGUUGGUAGACUGCCGCGAGACCGCGUUCGUACCCGGCGACCAGGGUUAGGUGAUGGCUUGUGGGGUGGUGGAAGAGGGAGAGGGACAUGGCCAUGCCAUUCUUCUGGUCGGGUGACGAGGAGGUGGGCAAGCCAACCGUGUGCUUUCGAGCGAGGGAGGGGAGGUGAAAGAUGUCGAUCUACAUCAGUGUCAGCUCGAGCUCAAAGUUGUGCAAGUCGAGGAAACCAGGAUGGCCUUGUCAGCAAAGGAGGAGGGGAAGAGUUGGGCAGACUUACAGAUUCCGAGGAGAGGGUGUUGGGUACCGCGAGGAGAAUUUCAUCUGCUGCUGCUGCGGCCGGACUGUUGUCUGGGUAUGCGGGACAAUACGAGAAUGAACAAAAGUUCAUGGUGCUGAUCUGAAGCACGUGGAGCAUCCAUGGCUUUGGACGGGGCUGUGAGGAUGGGUCUAGGGGAAGGCUUGUACUGAGGACAUUUUCGUGUUCGGCGGUCAACUUCCAGACCACCAGUCUGUUGUCUCUUCCGUGUCUACAGGAUCAUGAGCAUGUUGUCUACAAGAUUCGAAUCGUGGUGGCCUACGUUAUGAUGCGAUCGUGUCCCCAGCCUUCGAUGCCUAGUAUGGAGGCCGUAUGAGCUUGCCAAACGGCCCUCGGACGCAUGAUGGUCAGGUCCCAUGCCACAACAAAGCCGUCGGAAUCACCGGUCAAGAGGCGCUCAUUGUUUCGAACGAAGGCAGCCACCUGCACCGGUGUCUUGUGGCCUCGCAGAAUCGUCUUGGGCUGGGCGGGCCGCGCAUUGCUUGCCAUGUUCCAGUGAUCUGUGGCCGAUGAAUGACUGGCUGGUGAUUACCGAGCGUCGGAACAGCGUUUAUAUCUAGGGGUAGUGGGUGAUGACACAACGGCGGUAUCAAAGUCGAUUAGGUACCAUAGGUUCUUAGGUUGUUGUUGCUGCUGAUGGUUGGGUUAGUGGAAGUAGCGCUGUAAAGUCCGUCUCGCAGCACAUUGUUAGUGGAGCGGGCCGAUAGCUGAUCUGCAAAAGAGCUUCUAGAAGGCAGCUGUGAUCCGCAAAAUGUUUCAAAACACAGCGACAGUCCAUCCGUAUACAGCCAUGGCUUCAUAACUUGUUGCUCCAUGUCAUAAGAGGGCCGGGGAAGUGUGCAAUGCUUUGAUGCUCUGUUAUCUGAUGGAUCUGAUGAGGGCACCGAGGUACCGCGCCCCACCGACACCGCCUAUUUUGUCCAACCUGCACACGUUGGACGAUGAGCGUGAUGACAUCCACCACACCACGUACUUGUUCAACCGAUUUACCGUCGUGAUAGCUGUCCUUGGCACGUCAAAAAGUACCUACAUUGUCCCUGGACAUGUCUGCCACAACCUUCUUGGUGGGCACUGCGAUCAACGCCUCGUCGGAGAUUUAACUGAUCGAAAGUGGGGGCUUUCACAUGUGCCCUCACCGCACUGUUUGUCGAGUUCUAGAUAUCGAAAAUGAAUCUGAAGGGAUGCUGUCCCUGUACCUACUUACCUUACACAUCCUCACAUCUGGUCUCUCACUCUCACCCGCCCGAGCACCGGAGACCUGGUCAGCGCAACUGAGACCUCAUCUAAACCAUCAUCUCACUCCACGGGACUCCGUCUCGUUCACCGCCCCCGCACCCCCCGCAAAAGCACAGCGGGCGGGCGGGGAAGGGUCAAAACGGCGCGCCAGGGGCCCAGGGGGCCUGGGCUGCAUGCUACAAGGUGGUACAUACAAAGACUAAUUGAUGAGCGCGGACUCACCGACUCAAAAUUGUUCUGUACAACAAUUGUGUUCGAGUACUGCUCUGCUGGCGAAGUCUUACUUUGUUCUUUGUUCUCGGGAAAGGGGCGUGCCAGUCGCACGGUACUGGGGACGGGAAUCGGCAAACGGACGGGAAGCCAGAGGCUCGCCACGGGUUUCCCAGACUGUUGGGAUAGAGCUGAGGGAACUUUUGGUGGAAAUAUUCUUUGUUGUGUUCUUGAUACAGAGUACGCACUUGGAGGUGGCAGGUUGUCAAGAUGAGACAGAUCAUCAGCGGCUAUUGCGGUUUUGCCGAUCUAUACCAAGCUUUUACUCUCUUAUGCGACUAGGAAGCUUGUCGAAACAUCUGUUCUUCAGCAGUCCUUGGUAGAUAUCUGAUCAAUGUGUGCGUGUCGGUCUCACCAGAUUCUGAUCCGGACCAAGUCCGGUGCGUGUCUACCUAGGUAGGUAAGCAAGCUCCGGUCUCGCCAGCAAUGAAAUCCAGAGACAUCUUGAUGAAGAAAAGGGUCUUGGGACCUCGACUGAAGAAACAAACCAAGCUUUCGAGGUUUCAACAUUGACACUAGCCAAGCCCCCCAAACAGCAGGUUUUGCCGAUGCCGCCCCUCCCCCCUGACAAAGAACCGGUGGGCGGGGACCGGGAGCCUAAGCGCGACAUGACCCCGCUUCCGGUUCCCUGUCAUCAGUUUCCAAUCUCGACGCUGGAUCCUUACUCCAUGGUUGGGGUUUGUUGGGUUUGAGAGAACAAAGAGAGAGUCCGAGGAAGCGAGAUGCCUGCCGAGGACCUCUUCCCAAGAGAUCGGAGAGCAGCUUCAACGUUCAAGCGGGGAGCUGAGCAGCUACCUUGCUAUGUAGAUCUCGAGUAUUGGUGGCGUAUGCGCAACAUCGAUGGCCUGGAGAGGAGGAGAGCUAUGAAUAGAGAUGGCGUUGACGAUAAAGGGACUGCGUGUCCUAUACAUGCACCUACCUACAUACAUAUGUACUCCUACCUACAUAUGCACAAGCCAUCGCCUGGGUCUCUGUCCGUCCAACGCCCCAUGGGCCAUCCUGAACCCCCGAACCCCCCAAUCAUCCAUGGCAAAGGAACGGGUGCUGCCGCCAUCUACCACUGCAGGUUCAAUUUGGGACCGCUGGGAAGCAAGCAGCAUUCAGCAUUCACUGGCACACCAUCUAUCAACCCGUCCAGUCCCCCGCGUCGGUCACAUCGUCAAAUCGGCAGUGACGGCAUCAUCGAAGCCCAGGUCAACCCCGACCUGGAAGGCGUUGACCCCCGCCUUGUACCUGUUUGAUGUAACCCUCCCCGAGAGAGGCUAGAGGCGACCCCUGUCACCUGUUGCCGCACCAGGCCCCAGGUAGAUUCCCCCUGUCAUUCGCAAGCGCAAGGGGCUUGUCUUUCUUCCCGUCAACGACCUCGACGACAUCCCAUCUUUGAACUGUCAUCCAGGGCUUGACUCUUGCUCCAAUUGAUCUACAGCUAGGGUCAGCUCCGUUGGAAGCAGGGACAUACAGGCACACAUAGGACGACUGUUGCACUAUCUUCACGACCGGCCCUUCUACCACUACCUACUAUACGGCUUCCGUCGUCGUCGAUUUGCAGGGCUGAAGAUCGAUAAGACCACCGAUCAGUGGCCUCGGAGUUCGGCAACGCCAACCGGGAAAGCGGAAGCCCCGGUAACGGGAAUCAGCAUAUCAGCCUCAGCAAAACACCAAGUCCCCGUUCGCCUGACGGAUCGCCGCAUAGCACUAUCCACUCCCCCUACAAAAACCUACCUCAGGUUUGUUCGUCUCGGGGUCGAGACACGGCGGAAAGACUGGCGACCUUCAACGGCGGCACGGCUUCCUUCGUCCCAGGGGCAGUCCCGAUGACGGCGAACAUCAAUCUGCAUACCCUGUACAUUCAUCAGCAGCACAACUAUCAUGACGACCAGCACUACCAUCCCGAAGCCCAUUCCUUGACCCCUCCAGCACACCCCGAGGCCCUGUCUAGCAGUCCAGACAACUCACCUCCUCGGCCAAAGCGAGCCCGCUCCCUAAACCCUCUCACUACAGCAACUGUUGUUGACGCACAGGUCAAGAGGCCCACCAGGAGGUUUGUACAGACCAGCAAAGCUCGCCGCGUACGGACCGGAUGCUUUACCUGCCGCGAUAGACAUGUCAAGUGCGACGAGGGGGCACCGGUGUGCAACAACUGCUUGAAGAGCAACCGCCAGUGCAAACGAGGAGUACGGCUCAACUUUGCAGAGACGAAUCAGCAGGUCAAAGGACCACCUCGCACCGUUCCUCGAGGCAAAGACUGGCUGGUGACGUUUCAAGACGAUUCCCGAGAGAUAGCAUCCGGGUAUAAGGGUGGGCUAGAAUCCUACAGCGACGCUCCGGAUGAGGACCUGGGUGUCUCGCCCAUCGACGACUUUCCACCCAUCACCCGGCCUAGAAAAGCUUCGGCAGAUGUGCAGGGCAGCGGCGCACUUCCGUCUGGGAAUCCCUCUGCUUUCGAGGCCGCAAAAGGUCUGAGCAGUGUCCCGGAAGCAUCUCGUGCGCCAUAUUACCCCAUAACAAUCGAACCACCAACCCACCAAGAGCCGGUCCAUUUGAACGGAGGCCAUGGUCAAGUACAGGCACAUUUGCCCGUGAGGAACACCGAGCCUUUUGUGCCAAACCCCCCGCAGCCGCCGCAACCACACCACCACCCAUUUGCGCUUGAAGACUUGCUACAGCAACACCGGCCAGUCUACCCGGUACAGCAAAGAAGAGACAGCGAUGUCUCCAGCGUGACAUCCUCUUUGAUCCCUGAAGGAUCCAAUGCUCAGAACCCAGAAAACGAUGGCGAUGGCCCGAUGACGCCCUGUAGCGAAAACGGCGACGAGAGCCCGACGAGCGAGCGCGAUUACCUGAGCACCGAACACGAGAUCAACUGCAUGCAGGUCUUCAUCAACGACGUGGCCGUCUGGAUGGACGUGUUUGACAAAGACAAACACUUCUCCACUGUUGUGCCAUCGCUCGCCUUCAAGUCGACGAUGCUCCUGAAUGCCAUCCUCGCCUGCGGUGUCAAGCAGCACUCCCUCAUGUCUCCCCCAGCCUCCCGAGCCGCCGAGAGCGACAGGGCGAGGGUCUACCACGACACCUCCACCUCCCUCCUCCUCCGGUCGCUCCAGAACCCCGACCGCAACACGGACGAAUGCUGCAUCACCGCCGUCGUGCUUAACGUCUACGACAUCAUGAACGAGACAGAACCGUCCAAGCUCCCAGACGAGCGAUCCACCGCCCAGCAGCGCCAGCAACGCCUCGAACACAUCCGCGGCGCCCGUGCGCUGAUCCGAGAAAACAACUACAGCGCCGGCUCCGCCUCCAGCCUCGCCCGAGCUUGCUUCUGGCUCAACGUCGGACUCGAGGUCUUGUCGUGCCUCUCCUUCAACUGGACCACCUCCUGGGAGCCCGACGACUGGGGCAUGGACCUAGAAUUCACAACCUGGAUCGUAGGAAGCAGCUCCGGCAACGGAAGCGUGAUAGCCUCUUCGGAACCCGACCGCGGGGACGACCUCCCUUCCUUUUCCGGCCCGGCCGCCCAGGCCUCGUCGGGGGACGAGGAGCUCUGGGCCCAAAGAAUAAUCUACAUACUCGCCAAAGUGAUCAACUUCCGCGCCUCCUCCUCCCCAACCAUCCCCGUCCUUCACCCAAGCCAAUUCCACAACCCCGGUCAUCACCAUCGACAUCACGAGCCCACCCCCCACGACGAGCAGGUCAGGCUCCAGGGCCGCUUCGCCGAGUGGACCAGACUGAAAUCUUUGCUGGACGCGUGGAAUCACCGCUGUCCGAGGAGCAUGCGUCCCUCGGGGUAUGUCACCGGCCCGUCGUCCCGCUCGGCGUUUCCGAACGUGUGGUUGAUGAGCAGGCCGGCGAUUAUAGGACGGCUGUUCUACCACGUCUGCAUGGUUUUGCUCGCGCAGACGAACCCGCUUCACAAGGGGGACACGGAGGAGAACAGGUCGCUCCAAAAGCACCACGGCCGACAGGUUUGCGGGAUUGUGAGCACCAGUGCGGUGGGGGAUAAGGGGGUAGGGAGCGUGGCGAUUAGGGGGCUGGCCGUGGCGGGGGCCGUGUUGGAUAGUUCCCAGGAAAGGGACGAGGUGCUGGGGAUAUUGGGCAGGAUUGAAAAGUCGACGGGGUGGAGGUUGGGUGGGGUGGUGGCUGAGCUGAGGAAGGGGUGGGAGGUGAAGGAUGUGAUGCCGACGACGUUUGGAGGGCAGGUGGUGACGCUGCCUGGGCUGCCGGCUGUGACGAUGGGGGUUGGGAUGGGGGUGGGGAGGAUAGGGGAUUCGUUUUUGAGGGGGCCGGGGGGCCCGCCCAUGGGGGGGUCGUCGUCCAAGAUGACGAACCCUUUGUCGAAGGGGGCGGAUUUUAGGGAUCGGGAGCACCCUUAUCAGAACUGGUAUGUGAGGCCUAAUGGAGGCGAGGUUGGGAGUUCGUCGGGUGAGGGGGCAGGGAGGGAGGAGAGGAGGGGGGUUCAUUCUUGGGGCGUUUGA